UCCGACACCGGCCCGUAUGACCCUCUCCGUUUCCACUUUGAUUCAAUUCCCUCUGAUUCUUUCUUGAUUUCAGUUCCCGAAAAGUAAGCAGCAAUUUCUGCAAAGAAAAAAAUCAUCUUGUCGUGUGUUGUUUGAUUGAGUAGAUUCUGAGUCAAGAAUGAAGUAAAAAGUGGAGCAAACAAGAAAGAUGAGCGUUUCUUUGACUGUGAUGACCUUUAAUCUUCUGGAAGAUCAGGCAGAGGACAGCCCCAAUUCAUGGGACAAGAGGAAAGAUUUGUGUGUUACAGUCAUCACUAGCUACUCCCCCAUGAUCCUAUGCACACAGCAAGGGGUGAAGUCACAGUUGGACUACCUACAACAAUGCUUGCCAGGUUAUGAACAAUUUGGAAUUUCAAGAAAAGGACCUGAAGACACUUCUGAUCACCAUUGUACCAUCUUCUAUGAAAAGGAAAAGGUCGAGGUUCUAGAAGGCGGAACCUUUUGGUUGUCCGAGUCACCUUCAGUGCCCGGAAGCAUGUCGUGGGGUUCUACGGAGCCGUGCAUAGCAACAUGGGCUACAUUCCAGCUUAAAGGCGUCGAGCCACCGGGAUUUUCGUUUCAGAUUGUGAAUACGAACAUGGAUGAAUUUAGUCCUCGUGCUCGCAGGCGCGGUGCUUUACUCACCUGGCAGCACAUUGCUUCGUUGCCUCCAAACUUGCCUGUUUUGUACUGUGGAGGGUUUAACACACCAAAGGAAUCGACUACAGGCCGUUUUCUUCUCGGAAGAUCCAGGGAACACGGUGUUGUUGGUGAUAUGAGGGACGCUUGGCCCAACGCUCGUGUGAGGAAAAACGUUUCCCUAAUUCGCACUUACCAUGGAUUCAAAGGUGAUAAACAGGGGGCUCUCGAAUUCUUGAAGCUGAUAUUUCGAGCUCUCUGUCUCUGCUGGGAUCGCCAGACUCAGGACCUGCACGUCGACUGGAUUCUUUUCAGAGGCAGGUCGUUGAUCCCCGUCUCGUGUGAGGUGGUGAGUGACAACGUCGAUGGUUACUACCCUUCGUCCCACUAUCCUAUAUUCGCUGAGUUCAUGCUUCCGCGCACAGUGAGACUGACUGAGACGCCUACUCAAGAUCAAAGCUAAGAUCAUCAUCAUUUACAUCUUCCUUAUUUUUGUGAAAAUAAUUCUUUUGUGCAGGUGAAUGUGUAAUAUUUUGAAUGAAAUGGUGUGGAGUUCUUCUCAUGUUGCUGUUUUUCCAUUGUGUCUGAACAUUUUGUGAAUUGAUAGCACAACAUAAUAAUGGAAAGAAAGACAGCUGAAUUCUGUGAAA